AUGUCAAAAUCGCAUUCGGCGACGCGUCUCAUCGAGAAUACGCCGGAAGCGUCGACGCUGGUCGCCGCCGGCAGCGGAUUCCUAUCAACACUCGCCAGCUACAUCACGUCGGCGCCGAAAAAGACACCGCCGCGAAUUGUGCAAAAAACUCGCGUCAUCAAUUCGUGGGAUGACGUCGACAUUGUGAGGCUCAACAUCGUCGUCUGCAAUUACCUCUACAAUGAUCCACACAUUGCAACAUUGUUCGCCGAAAUCGAGAAAUUGACGGGACGUAGUCGCGAGGUGUGCUUCUACACGGGAAUCACCGUUCUCGUUCUGAUCACGUUCAUCCACGAUCCGAUUGGCGCACUGACGACGUUCAUGACGUUGAUGGUGCCGGCGUUCUACACGAUUCUCAGCCUACUCAAUGAGCAAUCCGAACCAACGAACUUCAGCGAUCGUCGGCCGAGUUUCACCGAUAAGGAAUUCGUGUUGAGAUACUGGCUGAUUUACGGCGUUUUUGUGACAAUCGAGCAAAUGUUUGGAUCGUUCAUCCACUUUGAUCUACGCGUGAUUCGACUCGUCGCUCUAUCGCUAUGCUUGUCGACGCGCGUGCCGAUUCUCAUGUGGGUCUCAUCGCGAAUCGAACUUCAAUUCUGCAAAGCGCUCGCCAAAUUCGACGAGAACAACUAUCAACUUGUAUUAGUGCCGCAAAAAUAA